GAUUUUCCAUACAUCACACACCCACCACCACCAUGGCAUCAUCAAUGUCAACCACCACUCCUCACACCCUCCUUCUCAAAAACCCCACCACCCUCAAACCCUCACCAACCACCUUCCCAAUCUCACGCGCCGCCACCACCACCCCUACAAAAUUCAACUCAAUCACAUGCUCAUUCUCCGCCGCCACAACAGCCGCCCCACCUACCUCCGACCGUGUCUUCAACUUCGCCGCCGGACCCGCCACCCUCCCGGAAAACGUCCUCCGGAAAGCCGAAUCAGAGCUCUACAACUGGCGCGGAGCCGGCAUGAGUGUCAUGGAAAUGAGCCACAGAGGUAAAGAAUUCAUGUCCAUUAUUCAAAAAGCUGAAUCAGAUCUCAGAAAAUUAUUAAACAUUUCCGAUGACUAUUCCGUUUUAUUCCUUCAAGGCGGCGCCACCACCCAGUUCGCCGGAAUCCCAUUAAAUAUCUGCAAACCCCAAGAUCCAGUUGAUUUUAUUGUUACUGGAUCAUGGGGUGAUAAAGCUUAUAAAGAAGCAGUAAAAUAUUGUAAGCCAAAUGUUAUCUGGUCUGGUAAAUCAGGUAAAUAUACCAAUAUUCCUAAUUUUACGGAAUUAGAACAAAAUGUAGAAUCUAAGUAUUUACAUAUAUGUGCUAAUGAAACUAUUCAUGGUGUUGAAUUUAAGGAUUACCCUGUUCCAAAAAAUAAGGAUAGGUUGUUAGUAGCUGAUAUGUCUAGUAAUUUUUGUUCAAAACCUGUAGAUGUGUCGAAAUUCGGUGUGAUUUAUGCCGGGGCACAAAAAAAUGUAGGUCCAUCUGGGGUUACUAUAGUGAUUAUUAGGAAAGAUUUAAUAGGUAAUGCACAAGAGAUCACGCCGGUGAUGUUGGAUUAUAAGAUUCACGCUGAGAAUAAUAGUUUAUAUAACACGCCGCCGUGUUAUGGGAUAUAUAUGUGUGGAUUAGUGUUUGAGGAUUUAUUAGCACAAGGUGGGUUAGUUGAGGUUGAGAAAAAGAAUGUUAAAAAGGCUAAGAUAUUGUAUGAUGCUAUUGAUGAGAGUGGAGGGUUUUAUAGGUGUCCUGUUGAGAAAUCGGUGAGGUCGUUGAUGAAUGUACCGUUUACUCUUGAGAAGUCGGAAUUGGAAGGUGAAUUUGUGAAAGAGGCUGCUAAAGAGAAGAUGGUUCAGUUGAAAGGGCAUAGGUCGGUUGGUGGAAUGCGUGCUUCGAUUUAUAAUGCUAUGCCUUUGGCUGGUGUUGAGAAGUUGGUUCAGUUUAUGAAGGAGUUUCAAGCCAAACAUGGUUAGGGGUUUUAAGGUUUGGUUUGUUAGUCUUUUGGUGUCAGUUGCCUUGUUUUUGAUCUUUAUGUUGUGUUUUGUUAUGUUUUUGUUAUGAUCUGCUUGGAUGUUUAGGGAUACAUGAAUUUGUAAUGCUUAGGUAGUUUUGUUGAAUCAUCCUGUUUAGCGAAAGGGCUUCAUAAUCUCUUUGUAUCAUUAUCGAUUCAAGACCUUGGGAAGUUUUGAUCUUUACCAUCAAUAAUCAAUUUGGAUUUAGAAGCUA